AUGGACACCAUCAAGAAGGACGGCGUUGCCAUCAUUGGCGCAGGCCUUGGCGGUACUGCUCUCGCCUUGGCCCUCCACCAAAAGUCGAUUCCCUGUCGAAUCUACGAAGGCAGAAGCGCAGAUGCGGAUAUUCUCACCAGUGGCGUGGUUUUGACACCCAACGGGUGCCGCAUCCUGGACGACCUCGGCGUCUUGAGUCGAAUCAAGCCGAAAAGCUUCCUUUUCGAAGACAGCAUCACCAAAAACAGCGACGAUAAGACUGUGGAUACGAUGAAGCUAGCUUCCAAGGAAGUAUAUGGAUAUCCAGCCUAUCGUCUCUAUCGUCUUGCCCUUCUGCAAGAGAUGAAGAAGAUGCUUGCCGAACGUGAAGUUCCAAUCUACUUUGACGCCAAGUUCGAGAAGAUAAUCAGCGAUUCUCCGGAAGGUGUCACAUUUCAGGUUGGUGGGAAGACGGAACAUGCUUCCGUUGUCGUAGGAUCUGACGGUAUUCACUCUACUUUGAGACGCUAUCUGACGGACCUCGUUCCUGUUUACACGGGGGUAUUCUGCGUGUACGGGCACAUCCCUACCGACUCUGUUGAAUGGCCCGACAAGGAGUUCUUCGCUACCAGCUGCACAAUUCAAGGCAAACCGGGCGGCUUUUUCAUGGUCCCCGAAGAAUCGGACGGCACAAUGCUCAUGGUAGGAACGCAGUUCCCGCAUCCCGAACAAGGUCGUGAGGGUUGGCAGGAUCUGGCAGCCAGCCCAAAGUCCUUGGCUUCCCUGAUGCGAAAGGACUAUGAUCAAUGGCACGACACAGCAAGGCGAAUCAUUGAUCAGCUGUGCAAACGUCCAGAGGGCCUGUUAAGCUGGCCAUUCUACACGAUGCCCAAGCUGCCCAGUUGGUCUUCACCGUCGGGAAAUGUCAUCAUCGUCGGGGACGCUGCUCAUGCAAUGCCAGCUUCGUCGGGACAAGGUGUUAAUCAGGCUUUGGAAGAUAUCUACGCUCUGGCAAAGGUUUUGUCUGGAAACUGGACCGUGGAAGAACGGCCUCGUGCGCUUGGCGCUUGGCAAUCCUGGCGACAGGCCAAAAUCGACAAGGUGCUCCAAAUGACGCGAGCCACGAAUUUGAAGAGAUCCCCGGAGGCCGAGAGGCAGAAGUCGACGGGCGAGGUGAACGUGGAAAAGCCCGCUGUCGAUCGUAUGCGGUGGCUGUUUGAGUUGGGCUUGAAUGAUUUGGAGGCAAAGCUCGCAGAUGUUCGGAGACGCGACACUUGA